GGGGAGUGCCGGGAAAAGGGGCCGGUCGCCAUGGAGACGGGCGCGGCCUAGCCCGGCCUAGCGAGGCAACUUCUCUCCCGCUAAACUCUGCGAGCCGAAGCCGCUUCUUCCAAGCCGGAGGAAGAGACGGAGGGAGGCAUGGCUGUUCCCGGGAAGGAGCCGGUCGGCGUCGCGGGCCUGCAGGUGCUGCUCGUCCUGUUCCACCUGGGCAGCGGAGGCGAAGGCGGCGGCGCCUGGGACCCGUCGGGAUACUUACUCUACUGCCCCUGCAUGGGUGAGGCGGCGGGGGGCGGGCGCCUCCUUUCCUCCCCUCCCGGGCGCCACUCGGGUCAUCACAGUCCCCUCCCCCCCCCUUUUCUCCUUCCUCUCGCAGGCCGGGGCUCUGUAGGCCGGGGGCUCUGAGGGGCCUUCUCGGUGCCGAUGGACUACAACUCCCGUCAUCCCUCACUGCGGACCGCGCUGGCUGCUGGGAGUGGAAGUCCAGCCGUACCUGUUUUUUUCCCAGAACUUACUCAAAAUCAAGCAAGUGUUUAAAGUGGAGAUGGAGUAAUAACCACACUUGCUGUCACUGAGAAUAUACGUUAAGGUUCACGUGGGGGGUUUGUUUGUUUGUUUGUUUGUUUGUUUUGCUGCAUGCAGGGAUGUAAAGGGGCAGCUGAUGGAUAAUCAUUUUGACAAAUUCUGGAGGGUGUUAACUAGAGUUUAACUGAGAACAAAGCACAGCAAUAGGGGCACAUCUUGGACAUAUCUCAUGCGGAGAGCGGGAAAACGGUUUUGGAAAACUGUAUUAAAUUGAGUUAAUUUGGCAGUGAUUUGUAAUACAGUGGUACCUCGGGUUACAUAUGCUUCAGGUUACAGAUGCUUCAGGUUACAGACUCCGCUAACCCAGAAAUAGUACCUCAGGUUAAGAACUUUGCUUCAGGAUGAAAACAGAAAUCGUGCUCCAGCGGCGCGGCGGCAGCAGGAGGCCCCAUUAGCUAAAGUGGUGCUUCAGGUUAAGAACGGACCUCCGGAACGAAUUAAGUACUUACCACUGUACUGUAAUUCAGAAAAUCAAUAAAAAUAAUUGGCAGUGAAGUCCAGUCAUACCUAGAGGCUGCAGAUUCACAUAUUUUUUCUCCUCUGUUCCUUUUACCUUUUUGUUAAAACAAAAACCAACAUGUCGUUUCUUCUGCUGUGCUUUUUUGUAACUUGGGAUGCUGCCUUGCUCUCAGGGUGGGUCGCGGUCCAUCUAGCUCAGUGUUGCUUGCGGUGACUGGCAGCAGCUUCCUUGGACUGCAAACCAAGAGUCCUUCCCAGGCCUCUAUGGCCUUUUAAAUUGUAUGUGUGGAAGGCUGUUAUUGUUUUGCUUAUUAUAUUAUGUAUUUUUGUGUUUUUAAUACUGUAAACUGCCCUGUGGUCCUUGGAUGAAGGGUGGCGUCAAAAAUUAAUUCAUAUUAAUGAUGAAGGGCCUAGAAAGGCUACAAUGAUGAUACUGGGCAUCAAACCUGGGGCCUUGCGCAUGCAAAACAGGUGCUCUGCAGUUGAGUUAUGUCCUUUUACAAGACUGUUUCCCCCUGUCUGUCAGAUGAUGGGUCAGAGGGACAAGUUCAUUCCUGCUGGGUGCUGCUGCGCUAGUGUGUUUUCCACAGGGCAAAGCAGACCUGUGCUGCCAGCAGGCUUGAACCUUCUGCUCAUCAUUUGGCGAGCAGAGAGUUCCAUCCUGCUGGGUGCUGCAUCACCAGCAUGUUCCUGGUGGGGCUGCUGCCCUGUAGGUUAUUGUUAUGUUGCUGCGUGCUACUAUUGCAUUGUAGGUUAGGGAGUGACCUGCUUGUGGUUCUUGAUCAACCUGUGGAGUGCACCAAUUAGAAGUUAAAUGUUAAAAGUCAAGAAAAUAAUACAAAGUGUGUGGACUUAAAGUGUGUGUGAGAGAGAGAGAUUUAAAGACUGCUAAACUAUUAUAAACUCCCUGGGCAAGCUUUCAAUUAAGGUGACAGCAACUGUGAUUUUCAUUUCAGCUUUGUAAAUAGCCACUUGAUUAUUCGCUAUGGGUAUAAUUUGCCUCCAGGUUAUCAGACGUCUCGUUGCCACCUUCCUUGAUACAGUGGUACCUCGCAAGACGAAUGCCUCGGAAGACGAAAAACUCGCAAGACGAAAAAGUUUUUCGUUUUUUGAGUUGCUUCGCAAGACGAAUUUCCCUAUGGGCUUGCUUCGCAAGACAAAAAACGAAAACGUCUUGCAAGUUUGUUUCCUUUUUCUUAAAACUGUUAAUAUCCAGGGUGCAUUGCUUGAAGAGGUGCAGUUGCGACUUGACUUCGAGGAGCAACUCAUAGCACGCGGUGUGGUAGCCUUUUUUGAGGUUUUUGAAGACUUUGGUGAUUUGAAGACAGUGGUGCUUCGCAAGACAAAAAAUUCGCAAGACAAAAAACUCGCAGAACGAAUUAAUUUCGUCUUGCGAGGCACCACUGUACCGCUUUCUGACUUGCCUUAUGCUUAAGCUUUGUGAAUAAUUCAACAUAAUGAAGGAAGCAUUUUGAUUUUGGCAGCCAUGUAGUUCUUCCAUAUGAAGUUGCCCUAGGCUUGUUGCUCUGCCCCAGCCUGGUGACUAAGAAACAGGUCUUUAUGUUCUAUUUCAAGGGAGAUUUGGGAACCAAGCAGACCAUUUUCUGGGCUCUUUGGCGUUUGCUAAAAUGGUGAAUCGGACCUUAGCUGUGCCCCCCUGGAUUGAGUACCGGUAUCACAGGCCUCCCUACACAAAUGUAAGUAGUUCUGAAAACUUCUGAUGUACCGUAUUUUUCGCCCCAUAGGGCGCACCGGCCCAUAAGGCGCACCUAGUUUUUUGGGGAGGGGAAUAAAGGGAAAAAAAUUAUUUCCCCCCCAGGCGCGGGGCUGGGGCGAGGGAAGCCCGAGCUUCCCCCGACCCCAGCCCCCAGAACAGGCAGCUUUCCGCAAGUCAUGGGAGCCCAGCGCCAGGCUCCCACGGCUUGCAGAGAGCUGCGCGAAGUUUGAAGCCUGGGCGCGCUGAGCUCAGCACGCCCAGGUUUCGGCAUGCAGGCAACUCUCCACAAGCCGUGGGAGCCCGGCUGCGCGAAGCCUGGAGAGUGAGAGGGGUUGGUGCGCACCGACCCCUCUCGCUCUCCAGGCUUCAGCGAAAGCCUGCAUUCGCCCCAUAGGACGCACACACAUUUCCCCUUCAUUUUUGGAGGGGGAAAAGUGCGUCCUAUAGGGCGAAAAAUACGGUAUAUUGGGUUCUGUGCUUUUGGAAUGCUAAGUAUUUUCCCAAAGCCACACAUAAAGCAGGCUCAGUGAAUAGGUCCUUGGAAUAGAUAACUCAUCUAUUCUGCUAGUGUUGGGUGCUACCUACAUUUUGUAUACCUUGUACAAGCAAAAAAUAAAAUAAAAAUUGUUUUCAACCAUUAAGCUCUGGUCCCCCUCUAGUCUUUAAUUAGCCAACUGCAGAUAUUGAAAGCUCUCCUGGCCUCUGCUUCAAGCCGGAGUUUCAUGGAUAGUGAAGGAGUCAAUAGUACAUCAAACCUGCAAAUCUGACAGACCAGGGUAGACUAGGAAAUCCUUCAGCCCUUUAAGUUCUGCUGCUCGCUUUUCCUUCAGACGGUUGUGGAUUCACUAUUGCUGGAACAAUUAUGUGUGUGGACAGGCUCUUAAACUCUGUUUUCUUUGCGUUGCAGCAGCACGUUCCCUACAAAGAAUACUUCAAGCUGGCGCCUCUCCUGGAGUAUCACCGGGUCAUCACUUUGGAGGAAUUUAUGGAAAAGUUGGCGCCCAUCCACUGGCCUCCUGGCAAGCGAGUGGCAUACUGCUUUGAAGCAGCGGCUCAGAGGAGUGCUGACAAAAGGACUUGUCCCAUGAAGGUAAGAGUCCUUCUCAUCCCUGAGGUGCCUUCUGUAACCCUGGGCUGUAGUAAAAGCUCCGCUGCUGCUGUUCUUCUAAAUCAAGAAAAAAGCACACCAAGAACUCUGGCCAAUAUAAGUUUCAAUAGUGGGAGUGGUCCCUACUCACGAGUCAAUAGUCAAUUGUAACAAAAACUAAUCCAUUCAAAAGUAUGUAUUCUGACAAGGAUUACAAACUCAAAUAGAGAUUACGAACUCAAACAGAGAUUACAAAUUCAAACUCAUAAAGAUAUGUAUAACAUAAUAAUUUGUUACAGUAUUAGAGAUAAGAGUUCGUGUUAGUCCAUAGUCAGAUUUGACGUGAAGAUCUUAAGUUUCAAUCAUUGAGCAGAAGUCAAUUAUGGAUCAGAAAUUAUGGAUCAGAAACCAGGACAGGGCCCUGUUUCAAUGUAUUCACCUUCAUCAGCUGGAAGUAUCAAACAUUGUAUGAAAAUAAUUCUAAAUUAUCAUAAAUUAUAAAACAGUAUUAUGCAACAGCUAGCUAGGAACCAUGGGAGUUGUAGGCCCAAAACAUCUGGAGGGCCGAGUUUGAGGAAGCUUGUUCUAGAUAAUGUUCUGUGGAUCAUUUCAGUGUGUUUGUAUUUAACUUCCUUUCAUCAUCUCUAUACUUGGAAAGCUCCCGGUAAACUUACACACAGGUUUCAGUGGGGGCGGGACUAUGGAAUAUGGGCUGUGUCAGCUAGGAGCUUGCGGCUCCCGUAGCAACUGCAAAGCUGCCUGUUCCUCUGGCCUGCCUCACCUUUCGUCUGCCGCAGUGAACGAGCAGCUGCCUUUGCUUUUGCAGGAUGGAAACCCCUUUGGCCCCUUUUGGGAUCAGUUUGCUGUGGAUUUCGAUAGGUCGGAGCUGUUUGGAGGCCUCUCUUUCAGUGCCUCUUACAAGGACCACUGGAUUCGAAGGUAGCAAGUGUCGCUUGGGGAUGCCAUUGGGUGAAGGGCAUGGUUAGGCACUGGGCACAUUCCUCCAUUGCUGCUCUGGCUUGUAAAGGGUUCUUGGAAAUAAUACUCAUCAUCAUCAUCUUUUAUUUGUAUCCCGCCCUCCCCAGCCGAAACCAGGCUCAGGGCGGCUAACAUCAGACAUAUAACUGUUGGGAUGCUGCUAAGGAAUCAGGAGCAAUUGGGAAGCCCCCAGCUGGCUCCAGCCCACCGGCCAACGUGCCGGUCGAACUCCAGUCCUUGGUUCAGCAUGAAUCUGCGACCCAGAGCUUCAGAAGCUGGGCACGCAACUCAGCAGAGUAAACGCACAACAGAAGUGGCAGGGAGAGGCUGUGUAAAGCAUAUUUACAGGCAGUUUAUUCAGCGUACAUCAGGACAAAAGGAAAAACAUGUAUUCUCCCUUUCAUGUCCAAGCAAGCAGCAUAACAGAAGUUCCCAGCAAGCUGUGCUGGAGUGUAAACAGACAUGUGACAACAAUUCCACAUAUCUGUUGAGGUGGAACGUAAUAUCUUAACAAUAACAUUGGUGUAAAAUCAAACAAUAAUUAAAUUACCUCCUAAAAAAACAAGUCAGUAUCAAAUUAAAAUCUAAUUAGAUGGCUUUCCGCAGGAUUAGGGUUGGGAACAUAGCUGUCAACUUCCAGAUUUGAAAAUAAGGGAUCAGCAGCCUCGAAAAUAAGGGAUCAGCAGCCUCACCUGUCCCGGGGACAGUCUACGGGAUAUCUAACAAUCCUGGAUAGCAGCCGGAAGCAGCGGGAAAUGGCGCUGGAAUAAGGGAAUUUCCCGCAAAAAAAGGGAAGGUUGACAGCUAUGGUUGGGAACAGUAAAUGCUUAUCAGGCCCAACUGCUUACGCUGUUCUUAUAUGGGCCUGUGAGAAUGCUGGGAGGCCUCUUUCAUACUAGUUCUUAUACAAAAAGAGAAGGGGAUUCAGGCUGAGCCCUGACCAAAGGCCUGGCAGAACAACUCCAUCUUGCAGGCCCUGCAGAAAGAUGCCAAAUCCCGCAGGGCCCUGAUCUCUUGUGGCAGAGUGUUCCACCGGGCCGGGGCCCAGGCCAGCCUAAUCUCCCUGAGGCCUGGAAUCUCCAAGAUGUUGUUAUUUGCACACCGUAAGGAAAGAAGGACAAGCACGGAUGGCAACCAAGGUGAUUUAACAACAAGAAAACACAAAAGCAGACAAAAUAUAAUAACAGACGAAAACUGAGCAGAUAAAAAUGCCUUGAUAAUAACAUUACAUUUUCCAUUGAGGAUGGGAGAAGAAGCAGUGGCAUAUAGCAAAAUAGGGGUCUUUCUGGUUCCUAUUUUUGGGAGAUGACCAUCUGGGUCCAUUAGACUUUCCUCUAAAUCAUUUAGGAAAAAGCUAAACAAUGUGGGGGCAAAAAUACAGCCCAGUCUCACUCUCCUUGCCAUCCCAGUACAAUCUGAAAGUUGGCCCUGCAACCCACAUCUAACCUGCAGUUUGCUAUCACUGCACAGAGCUUUAAUGAGGAAGAAGAGUCGCAUAACGGUCUUUGGGUGGUAUGUGUUUUAUAAGAAGUUCAAGGAUCUUGGGCAGUAGAACUAGGAAAGACAUCUCCAGCUCUGAGACCGUAAGACACUGCUGCCAGUUGGCAUGUGUGGGGCAAAGGUCUGUCACAGUAUUAGGCAGAUGCAUGCAUGCAUAACUAAAGUCUGCUUGCUUAGUCUGUUGAUUUUUCAGAGAUUGCUGCCGUAGUUUAAAAUACAGGGAGGUGCAUUUUGCAAUUUCUUUCCCCUAAGGAGGCCCGCCUAAGCUCCAGUAUGCAAAUAUUUGGGAGGUGAUGCAAGUGUCUGGGGAAUUAGGAAGUUCUUAUGAGCUGAAGAGCAUGACAACAGAAAUGCAAAAUACAGAUUAACUUUAUUCGGGUUAGCAUAUUCUUCAUAAAUCUUGUUAGUAAUUCAUCUCUUUGUUGUAGGUGUGUUAAAAAAAUUUUUUUUUUACUAAAAAAAAAAGCAUUUGCAAUAAAAGUUCCUAACAGUAAAAACUGAGCAGCACUGGUGCAAGCAAACAUGGCAAGUUGUAGCUCCUGUUGAUCUUUCCACUGUGUCUUUUACUAGGUUUCCCUCCUCUGAACAUCCUGUUGUGGCUCUUCCGGGGGCCCCAGCCCAGUUUCCAGUUCUGGAAGAGUACCGCUCCCUGCAUCAGUACAUGGUAUGGUCUGAUGAGAUGGUGAACAAAGGCGAGUCCUAUAUUAAUUCGUUCCUGGUCAGACCCUACGUGGGAAUCCAUUUGCGUGUCGGUUCAGACUGGGUAUGGUUCUUACAUAUACUUCCAUGGGGACUGUAAUGUGGGCAGGGCUGUAAUAGAGUCUGACUGGCAGCUUCUAGCUCCAUAUGAAUAAAAAAGGGAGAGGGCGGGGCUGUUAAGAACAUAUGCUGGUUCAGAACAAAAUCCUACCUAGCUCAGCAUCCUGUUGCUUACCUAGGGCCAUCCUUUGUCAGCUGGGUGCCUCUGGGAAGCUCAUAAGCAGGAGUUGAGAUCAGGUACCCUCUCUCUGUUUUCUUCCCCAGCAGCUGGUGAUAUUCAGAGGCAUGCUUUCUCUGAUCCUGAAGGGGUGUACACAUAGUGACUUGCAGUUAUUGACAGCUUCUUGCAUACUUGAACUAGACUGUUUGGGGAUGGGAAUAUAACUGAAGCUAACAACAACAACAACAACAACAACAACAACAACAAUACAUUUUAUUUAUACCCCGCCCUCCCUGGCCAGAGCCGGGCUCAGGGUGGCUAACACCAUUAAAAGCACAGUAAAAACAUAAUAGGGGGGGGGGAGAGAGAGAGAGAAAAAAUAUUUAAAAUACAUGUUAAAAUGCAAUUUAAAAUGCAGCCUCAUUUUAAAAUAGCCGAUAAAUCAAGACCAUAAGGGGAGGGGAACAUAAGGGUCAGACCGAGUCCAAACCAAAGACCAGAUGGAACAGCUUUGUCUUGCAGGCCCUGCAGAAAGAUGUCAAGUCCCGCAGGGCCCUAGUCUCUUGUGACAGAGUGUUCCACAACGUUGGGGCCAGUAUUGAAAAGGCCCUGGCCCUAGUUGAGACCAAUCUAACCACCUUGCGAACUGGGACCUCCAAAAUGUUGUCAUUUGUGGACCUAAAGGUCCUCCGCGGGGCAUACCAGGAGAGGCAGUCCCGUAGGUAUGAGGGUCCUAGGCCGCAUAGGGCUUUAAAGGUCAAGAGCUGAUCCUGUACUCCACCAGGAGCCAGUGCAGCUGGUAAAGCACUGGAUGAAUGUGAUCCCGUGGCAAGGACCCUCCAUUAGCAAUGUGGGUUUUUUGCCUGCUUUGGCUGGCUGUAUGGAAUUCUCCAUUGCUAUAAAGUCCUCCUACCUUUGUAUGAUGCUCUGUUUCUCACCACGUCUACCUGUGUGUGAUGUUCUGUUUUUCUCCUCCCCCACCUUAGAAAAAUGCAUGCAAUAUGUUGAAAGAUGGCACUGCUGGGUCUCAUUUAAUGGCGUCGCCACAGUGUGUGGGCUAUGAUCGGAACACUGCUGCACCCCUUACCAUGGAUAUGUGUCUGCCAGGCCUGAAAGAGAUAAAACGAGCGCUAAGACUCUGGGUGAAGAAGACAGAUGCAAAAGCUGUGUACAUCGCCAGUGACUCUGAACCUUAUACGAAGGAAAUACAGCAGCUUUUCAAACAAAAGGUAAUGUCCUGCUGGAGCAAUGAGUAGUUACUGGUGGUGCAAACUUCACUGCUUUUCUCUCUCUGGGUGUAUGCACUGGAAAUAUUCAUAUCUUUCCUUUCUUCUCAGACGGAGGAAUCAGGGGGGCUUACAGCAGGGAUGGGCAGAAGAAAGUUUGGGCUCUACUGGGUCUUUGAGUGAUUUGGCAACACAGUUCUUUUGCUCAGAAUAUAUGGUGUGGUUGCAUUAGAUAUAGGGUAGCUGAACACUAGGUCGGAAAUCAUUCAGGUGACUUUCCACAUGGUAAACCUGAAGUGAGACAUUGUGGUGGUUCUUGAACCAAGGACUGUAAGACAGAACAGCAUUCAACAGACUCCGUCUGAAAGAUACUCUGGGAACCCGAAGGCGUUAUAGAAAGGUGGAGCUUGAUGAAACAAGUUCAGCUGGAGGGAUAGAGUGAGCAGGUAGACAGCUUGUGGCAAACGCCACGUCUGCUUGUGCGUGUUCCCUUUCAAUCACUGGGCUCUUCUUGUUUUCCCCUUUUCAGAUAAAAGUGGUGUACCUGCAGCCUGAAGUGCCCCAGGUAGACUUGUACAUUCUCAGCAAGUCUGACCACUUCAUUGGAAACUGUGUUUCUUCCUUUACUGCCUUUGUGAAAAGAGAACGCGAUGUGCAUGGGAGACCCUCGUCCUUUUUUGGCAUGGACUAUCCACCCACGUCAAGGGACGAAUUGUAGCCCCUAGAGGAAGAGAUGCCUUUUGACCCACUACUUGCAUACAGUUCUCAUAAAUACAAGGUCUCCCUCAAAGCAAGCACUGGAUAUAUCUGGAUUCUGCAGGUUCAUCCUCAUGGCAAUCCUUGAAUAUUACUAGAACGUGACCUGAAAGGAGAAGUGGAUGACUUCCAGGAAACAUUCCCUCCUCCCACAGUUGUGGUUCAGAUAAGCAAACCCGCUCCCGUCCCUCUCUUCCCCUUUCUGUGCUGUCUUGCUACCUCUUCUGGAAUUAAUGACUCGCCUGGUGCUUCCUUAAUGUACAGUAUUCUCAAGACAGCUUGUUCACUGACAAGAAGUGUUCUGACAUUAAGAACUGGGAACCAGCAGAUACGUUCUCAGUUGUGCAACCGACUGACAUUUGCCUUGUGUGCUUUUGUUUUCUGAGCUGCCAAAUGGAUUUAAUUCCCAUUCCCCCUUGCUGGGAAUGGGCAGACUAUAAGCAAAUGAUUUUGCUAUCAGCUGUGACACGUUAUGGGACUUUCAGAGGAGUUUUAGUCCUAAUAACUCUGGUGCCCUGUGGACCAGUUCUGUUUGCGGCAAUUCCCAGGUAGCAUAGAGACACAUUAUUAUUUUUUAUCCUAUUACACAAGAGCUUUUUAGAGCAGUUUUGUAUUUUACAAAAUUGGCAGUCUAAGCACUGUACACAGUACAAAAUAGAAGUUAAGAAAUAAUCUCCUUUUUGAAACACCAUAAUAAUUCGUAAAUCAAAUAUUAUGCACCUUUUAUUCGGCCCAUUUGCAACAUCGCUGAGAGCUCAGUGCAUCAGUUGCAUUUUAAUGGCUUUUGGUGGGUCAGCAAUCAUGUCUUUCUGAGCUCUCUAUUCUGGAAACCCAGCCUGGCUGCCAUCUUGAAACUAUUUUGUUUCACUGAGCAGGGGGUUGGACUAGGAGACCUCCAAGAUUCCUUCCAACUCUUGUACACUCAUUUUUUGAGCAUCCUUUUUAUGUUUAGAAGCUGUGACCUUUGAAAAGUCUCUGAAAGGAAUAACCACUUGAUCCACUUUGAAUUUCAGAUAUUUAAUUUGAGUCUCUUGAAAAGAGGAGCCAACAGAUAGUGGAUCUUGAUUUUUUUUGUUUUAAAGGUUUUAUGCACUUUUCUCUGCAUAAUUGCUCUGAAAUCAUGAUUCAGCUUUCUCGAUGUACAUCUGAACUAUGCUCACUAAUUUACCUGUAGAGUUUUCCCACAGAAAAAUCCUCAGGCAGGAGAUCAGCAAACUGUCAGGUUACCUAGUUCAUGUUAUGUUUCCUCAUCACAUCAGUAGUAACUUUCUGUGGUGACAGCACAGCAUCUUACCCUCUGAUAAUUAUCUGCUCCUGUGCAUUCUGAACAUCAGUUGACAAAUUGUCCUGGCUGCUGACUGCAUGCCUGAACUAUCCAUCUGCACUCCAUAUUAAGACAGAAUAUGUUGUGCUGGGGGAGAUAACUUUCUGGAGCUUUCUAUUUGCUUUUUUGGGCUUGAAUUGCACAGACAGCAUUGUUAGCCUCUGUAUCUUCCUUUUAGGUGUUGAUGAAACAAUCUUGCAAUAGCAGGAUUGAAUUGCAAAUGAACUUUUCCUAGGUUUGGUUGCUUGUGGUAGCAGUAUUGCCUCCAGUCUCUUUUCUGUCUUCCUUUGCCAUCUUCUGAAAAGAUUCUGGUUCAUAAAUGCUAACAGUUUCAGCUGACCAGUAAACACUUUUAUAAGCAGCAACUUUGCAAGUUUAUUAAUUUAAUCACUACCUUGCAUCACUUAUUGAUAGUGAAUUAUCACUGGCAAGCUACAAAUCUGAAAACCAGCAUUGUAUUUGCUGGAAACGUCUUUGCUCAUCUUUAUGAAGUACUGGAGAAGUUUGUUUAAAAGUUCAGUCUUAAAAUGGUAUAGAGAAGCACUAGGCUUGGAAGAGAAAUGCUAUUCCUGUGUACUAGUUUUGGUAGAUUCUGCAGUGAAACCAUGUGUUCCAAAGCUACCUGUAAUAUGGAUGAUAAUAAUGGUGAUGAUCGAAUGAAAAAAAGACUCUCAAUAGAUUGUCCAGGAAUGUUUAUGAACAACAACAACAAAACCAAGGAAGGCUGAGGCUGUGACAGCACAUGGAGAUGAUCUCUGACUUCAUCUGUUAGGUGGGAUCCUCUCUUCUGCUUGAGCUUCUGAAAGUAUACAGUAUUUUGAUUCCAAAGAUCAGUAAGUGCCACAAUAUUUCUGUCUGGAGCAGCAAGAACAAACAGUUACUCUUCUGCAAUUCAUCAAUAAGCAUAAGAAUAUAGCAAUUUCCUUGAUGGGUCAGGCAAAGGCCCAUCUUAAACCAACCUUUUGUUCCCAACAGCAGCCAUCUAGAAGACAAUGGAAGGGCCUGAAGGCAGCAGUUCUCCUCACCAGCUUGCCUCCAUCUUGUAUAUCAAGUUAUAUUGCCAUAUGGGAGUUGCCAUAUUAGCUGUUACGGCUAAUGUCCGUUUGUAGAUUUCACCUCCAAGAAUCUGAAAAAAAGCUGUUUUACUGCCUGAUAAACCCACGGAUAGCUCCACAUAUUAUCAAAGGAAGUUCCAUAGAUUCAGUUAUGUCCUGUGACAAAACUUACUUUUUUUGUCCGCCUGGCAGUAGGUGGUUAAGUCUGUUUUGUUAGACGAACCUGGGUUUCCAGUAUUAUGAGAGGUAAGGGGAAUCUCCCUUUUUGCUCUCCACGCUAUUCAUAGUUUUGUAAACUCUUUAUCAUGUAUGCGAAGUUACUCUGCAAUUCAUAUAUUUAUAUAUAAAGCCCAUUGUCUCUUAACCAGCACUGAAGCAUCAACAUUCAUAUCUGGAGGCUUCCUCUGUGCUAUACCUUCAAUAUAUCUUGCCUCUUUGUGGAAGGAAAUGCCAACCUCUGGUUGAAAUACAACUAAUGAAAUUUUUUAAAGGUGGCAAUCCCGUACACCAGGCUUCCUCAACCUCGGCCCUCCAGAUGUUUUGAGACUACAGUUCCCAUCAUCCCUGACCACUGGUCCUGCUAGCUAGGGAUCAUGGGAAUUGUAGGCCAAAAACAUCUGGAGGGCCGAGGUUGAUGUAACGCUGUACACCAUUAUCUGGAAGUAAGUCCCAGUGAACUCAGUGUGGAUACUCCUAGGGCUGUGCUGUUAAUGAUGUUGACCAUAUGGAAUUUGCAGGGGUGCAGCUACACCAUGCCAUGAGGAGACAAUUCAUCCAUGGGGUGCAGCCUCGCCAACAUUUGUGUACAGUGGUACCUCGGGUUACAGACUCCGCUAACCUGGAAGUAGUACCUCGGGUUAAGAACUUUACCUCAGGAUGAGAACAGAAAUCAUGCAGGGGCGGCAGGAGGCCCCAUUAGCUAAAGUGGUACCUCAGGUUAAGAACGGUUUCAGGUUAACGGAUCUCCAGAACGAAUUAAGUUCAUAACCAGAGGUACCACUGUAAACUCCAUUUAUGUGGCUGGCUCAGAAUGGAGGACAUCUGGGGUAUUUGUGUGCUAUGCACAAUAUCAGAAGCCAUGUUUUAACUUUUUAAAAAAUUAACUAAUGUACAGAGGAUAACUUUGUGAUUUUCAUUUUCAUAAUAAAACAUUAAUCUUCC